AUGGAGACAAAGAAAGGGGUAUGUGAGCGGAGUGCUGAUCUGAGUCUGUGUGGACUUGUCGAUGCUGCUGCACUCCCUCCAUCCACAUCUCCACCUGCCACUUCACGAGGGGCUUUGGCGCACCAGAGGACCGCAGCCUCCCUGUCCCCGGCCCACCCCCUGCCAGCACCCCCCUCCACCCCUUCCACUCAUGACGCUACAAGUGUGACCCCGCACCUCCACCCCACUCCCCCCUCAACGUCUGCUCUCGGCUCCUCCUGGGGCCCGUCAGGACAGUCCCCGAAAGCCAAAGUCCCCGCCGCCAUGAUGGAGCCUGAAGGUGCGGGCGCGCUCACGGAGGAGUGUCUUCUGCAGCCGGCGCGCACCUGUAUCGGCUGCUUCAUAGAGACACGCGACGCCACGGAGCCUGCGCCCAUAGCCAGCGUCCUGCACGAGCACAGCGCAGGCCCCGAUGUGGAUGCUGGGCUGAGGAUAGGAGAUUUGAGCCGGCAGGACUUCUCCGACAUAAACAACAUCAACAUUCAGUGCCUGAGCCAUGCGGGGGAGGCUGUGAGUCACUUUGGAGAACAGCUCCUCUCUGACCAGCUACUUAGCUUCCCCCUGCCUAAGGCCUCAGGUGAGGGCAAGAGGGCAGAUGGAAAUAAAACAACAGUAGACUGUGACGACCCAGAGGAUGAGGCAACAGCUAAGAACCUGUACGAAGGUCUGCUGUUGGAUAAAGUGAGCGGGGAGGAGGUGCUCUUGGCUAAUGCAGGCCAGGACUGGGGCUAUUUUGAGUCAUUCAUCAGUGAGAGCAAAAUUGAAUUGCUUGACCUUUGCUCAAAAAAUGAACUGUCUGUCAAUCUUUUCUCUGAGGAAGAUGUUGAUAAUCUCUUCGAUGACGAAGAUGAUGACUCGACUUUAAGUAGUGAUGUUUGUUCUCUAAAGAUUCGCUAUGAGUCUUUUCAGGAUAACAUGAGAGAGAAAACAAAUGUGCUCCAAGAGGAGACCCAGUUUAACUUUUUCCCGAGUGUCCUGGCCAAUUGUGCCAAAAAAGAGGAGGCGGCAGCAGUUCUGAGGAGGAGUGUGGAUGAGGCUAAAAGUGAUGAACUAAUACUGGAGUCAGGACAAGAAGUCAAGCUUGGGGACUGCAGUGGUAGGAGCCCUCUUGAUGGCUCCCAGGGGUCUCCCAUGUCCACUCGGAAAGUGAGCUACCUAAUGGAUUUCAACUCUACAGAGGAGUCGGGGGAGUUCAGUGACGACAGCUCGUGUACUGCCUCUUCCUCUGACACGCUACAAGAAGGAAAAUAUAAAAAGGGAGCACAGGCAGAGCAGCCGACUGCUGAGCUUGAGGAAGUGAACAGCUCAGCCCUAGUCAAACCUAAUUUCCCUGAUAAUAGUAGCACAGCUCAAACAUCCCAAGAAGAGCCAUUUUCUUUUGUCUCAUCCUCCUGCUCCCCUGACAAAGCUCCUUCUACAGAGGAGGCAGAGGCGGGUGUCCCUGUCAUCCCGGGGGGCUACCUGCAGACCCUGUUAGAUGCCACCGACUCCUCUGCUGCUGCCAACCUCCCCUAUUUCUCCCAGCAGCCUUCCAGGCAGACGUUUCCUCUGGGGCUGUCCUUAGAGGAGAAACAGUUCUCCUCUCUUCAGCUCGCUCAGAGCUGUGUACUGUCUCCUCCCUCGGAGUCGGAACUCCAACAGUCCCCUCAAAACUGCUCCAGCUUUACCCCUGUGUGGCACUCACAGCUCUGUGGAAGUCACAGCCAGAACUUUGGACCGGACACCCCUGAGACGCCAAUCUUACCCAAUAAUUUCUCCACCGCUGUGCCACUGAGUGACAAGCUGCCAGUGUCAAACUACACCCAGCUGAGCCCACCAACAGACAGGCUGGUUUAUGACAAGAGCUACCUGACAGAGGCCGUUCAGCCUGGGGCAGACCUGCAGGGAUGUCAGUCAGCCUGCGUAGAGGGCCAGGUGCAAUACCAGAGAGGCUCUCUGUGCACAGACAAUGGCCGGCUCAUCAGCUAUGACUCAGUAGGCUCACUGUCAGCCUCCUCUAGCAAUUACAGCUCUCUGAGCCUCAAGUCCUGUGAACGUGAGCAGGAAGAGGAGGGCCGAGACACUUUCCUAGCUCACUGCAGUCCUAAAGUGUUGAUUCAGCAAAGUGUGGAUUCUCUUACCCCGCUCAGGGAAUCCUCUGACCUGCUGGAUAUUUCCAACUUCACCCCUGACAAGUUCAGACACUCAUCACUGUCUGAGCUAUCGCCUCCUGAGACGCCAAACUUAUCCCCACAGGUGGUGGGCAGAGACAUUAAGAUUCCUGGAAAUAGUGGAGAGUAUCACAAUGUAAGUGACAUCAAUAUGGACUCUAAUAGAGAUGGAAAGUGGAACUGUGACGUUAUGCAGCAACAAGAGCACACAACAAGCCCCUAUCCUGCAGAGGACCGGCAGUUCUCUCUGCACAACUUCAAUAGUCAGGAUGUCCUAAACUUGGACAAAAAAGAUUUGCCAGGCGAAGAAUUUGAUGAGACAGGUGCCAAAAGUAAUAAGUCAAAGAAAAAAGGUAACUACAAACAGCCUACAGGACAGAGCCCAAAGAAACCCCGCACUCCAAGAGCUCCCAAGUCUGACAAGGUCAAAACUUCAAAACAGAGCUCACGUUCCACCAAAAAGAUAAAGGCCAUGCUGGAGGGUAAGGCUGCCAAGAACCAAGCAGAGGGAGCUGGCCUGUCAGAAAGUGGAACCGGGGACUUGUCUGGAACAGGUUGGUCCGAAGGAAACACUCUGGUUGGUGAUGACCAGAGAGAGUUUGAGGAGCCAUCCAAUAUCUUGUCAAACAUCGUUUCGGGGAUGGCAGAGGUCCAGAGAUUCAUGAUGGCCUCCAUUGAGCCACUAUGGGACCCCAUGUCUGAGGCCUGCAUAUCCCCUGAGGCCAACAGUCUCAACCUCAAAACACUUAAAAUACUGGCAGGUACAGAGGCCGACCUGAAAAAGAAAGGUGCGGUGCUGGCGGGGGCUGGUCGUGGCAGAAAGUCAGGCGGAAAAGGUGGAAAAAACCAGGCGAAGUUCAAUCCUUCACACCCGCUUUUUCCUCAGCUCGCUCUUGGCUGCAACAUGUUUGACAAACCCAACUUCAUUAACCCUGGUCCCGCACACAAAAAACUGUACCGCCAUAAGACCAGUGCCAAGUUCCCUCGCAUUGAAACGCUGAAGGGGAAGCGAGCUGAAAGAGACCCAAAUAAAGACAUAGCACUGAUGACCUCUUUUGAGAAACUGAGAAUAUGGAUUGAAUCAGGGUUAGGACCCAGACAAGCUGCUGUUGGGAAGCUCCACAUGGGCUGCGCGCCCAUCUCGUCUGCCUUCUCUCAUCACAAACUCGCUGUUGAUCUUUCGUGGAAGACCACGCGUGAACUUUUUGCAUCAAUGGAAGGAUCAGACGGGACUGAUCAAAGUGGCAGUGACCAAUCAGAGUCCCAGCGGAGAAGUCAGCUCGACCGCCUGGACAGAGAAGAGGCGUUUUACCAGUUUGUUAAUAACCUCAGUGAUGAGGACUACCGUCUUAUGAGAGACAACAAUCUUCUGGGGACACCAGGUGAGGUGACUGAAGAUGAGUUGAUCAGUAGGCUUCAGCAAAUAAAAGAUGGUCUGGACCAACAGAGUAAUGCUCCUGGUUUACAGAAUGCAGAGGAUGAUGGUGACCAACCAAGAAACCCAGAGGAGCCUGUCAAUGGAGAUAGUCUUUUACACUGGCUGAACACAGUGAGGCGCACAGGCAACACGACAAGGACUGGUCAUCGUGGGAAUCAGUCCUGGCGAGCUGUGGCUCCAGAGGGUCAAGAGGAAGAAGUGGAAAGUGCGGAUCCUCCAGCCCCUAUGGAGACGGAUGUUGUAGAAGAACCAGUGGUUGAAGAGCUCGCUGUAAUCGUGGAACCAGAGCCUGAACCUGAACAAGUUCCACAACAUGGGACAGAGAAGACCCCGCAGUCGCAGUCCUGA